AUGCAGAGAAUGUGGUUACAGAAUAAUGUACAAGAAAAGAACAAAACGAUGUAUCCUUUUUUUUUUUUUAAACAUUAUUUAAGAAAAAGGAGUACACAUAACAUUUGCAGAAAAACAGUGCACAAAUUAUUCAGGAAGAACAGAGCAACAAAAACAUUAAUUAUGCAGGUUAGAAGGCAUCCUUUGGCUUACUCGUCUCAGUGGAAUCUGAGCUUCCAUAUACAUCAAGUACAAACAAAAUAA